UGUGGACCCGAUGUUGCCCCCGGGUACCAGCAUGUCCAGUGCCUGGCCAGCAGUCUGGUGAGCCUACGUGAGUUGGCCUGUCUGACGGAGGAGAAAGUUCAUCGAGCUGUGGUGUCUCCUCCCCGAAGGAGAUAAGCAGCGCCUCAUCUACCCUGCCCGUCACCAGGACAGGCUGAUUCAGGGGCGAUUUAAGACCACGAAGAGCCCAAUCUCUUUCAGCCCGGGCACGGACAGCCUGAAACGGUGCCUGCUCGGACAGCGCUCGGGAUCUGCCCAGUGGCCGCAGGCGAGCCGGGUCGUAGAGGCCGUUUGCAUCCAGCUCUGCCGCCUCCAUCCGUCCUCCACCAGGUCCGCAGGUGCGAGGACUUCCCGGUGGGCGGCUGUCCUCAGGGACUACAUCCAAGUCUGAGAGCUGGUGCUGGGCAACCCGAGGCUGAUGGAGAAGACCACCCUCCAGCUGUUCGAGUUGAACCAGCGCACCCUGGCUCAAUGGCACAACAAACGCCAGAAGGGGCAGGAGCAGGCUGUCCUUCUCCAGGGGGUGCAGCCCCCUAGCGCCAGCGCAGUGGACCCGGAGCCUCAACCCCAGCCGCGCCCGCUGCUACGAGAGGCGCCGACGUACGCCCACCUGCAGUACGUCUUUUUGAGCCCUCCGAACGCCGUGGGUCUGGCGAAACAGAGGAACCACCCCGGGGCCGCUGUGCGGACCAUCGCCCCAGCCCUGGCACCCUUGGUCAUCCCUGUGCCGCAUGCCCCGGCACUCCCUUCCACCUCUUCGGCGGCGGCUGCUGCUGCUGCUCCUCCUCCUCCUCCUCGUCUUGUUCAAAGGACCACCAGCUGGCGCCACAAAAAGAGGGCAGAGGAGCAGGAGGAGGGUUCCAAGAGGAAGUAUGAGCGGAAGAGAGCAGAGAACAUGUGUGGUCUGUGCGGACAGCGAAAGCGGAAGGAGUUUGGGCUCAGCCGCUUUGGCAACACUUCCUUCUGCUCUGCUUCCUCGGGCAAAACUGUGGCACAGUGGCUGGCUGAAAUGCGUGCCGGGAAACUUUAAUCCCUUCUCCCUUUGUUUUGUUUUUGUUGUUUUUUUUACAAUUUUUAUUUUAUUAUCAUCUG